ACACAGUUAUGCCUAGCAAGUUUUAUAAUGAAAUUCUCGUUUUACCAAUCGCUUUUUACUUUCACUUUAUGCUUCCGUUUUCUCGUUUUCUGAAUGAAGAGUUUGUAUAGAAAUGCCAGACCCUUGUAAUAUAACUUACCGUAAUCACCAGAACUUAACCUGAAUAACCAAAAAAGAGGCAUCAAAUUACUUUUAUUGAAAAGUAAUGCAACAUUGAGAUGGUAACAGGCCCGCAUUGCAGCAGGAAAAGAAGUCUUAUUUAUGAUACGUGCAAGUGGAUCCUUGCCUUUACGUUGUUGGUCAAUACAUUCCAUGUGAAUGCUGGGUCAUUUCCUACACUUCCUCUAAAAGUUGGAUACAUCCAUAAUGUCGGACAUGAUAGAUAUAGAAGAAGUGAUCAAUUUCAAAGUCAGAGAAACAACCUGAAAGGAAAACCGGGUCAAGGCUACUAUGUGGAGAUGGAGAUAGGAACACCUCCACAAAAAAUCAAUGUACUCAUUGACACAGGAAGUAGUAAUUUUGCAAUUGCUGCCACCCCUGACCCAGAUAUUGAUAAAUUUUUCCAGAGGGAAAACUCUUCAACCUAUUCACUUAUAGGAACCUCAGUGUAUGUACCAUACACACAGGGAAACUGGAAGGGAACUUUGGGGUCAGAUCUAGUGACCUUGACCUCACUCCCUAAUGUCACGGUGACAGCCAAUAUUGCCUUCAUUACAGAGUCAAAGCAGUUUUUCAUCAAUGGGUCAAACUGGCAAGGCAUUCUUGGAUUAGCUUAUAGUAGCAUAGCCAGGCCAGACCAAUCUGUGACCCCUUUCCUGGACUCCCUGAUCGACAACACAGGCAUAAGUGACGUUUUUUCUAUACAGCUCUGUGGGGACAAGUUUGAGCAACAGACAGACAAGGAUGUGGAAUUAGGAGGCACUAUUACAUUUGGAGGGGUGGAUCCAAAGCUACACAGUGGACCUGUGUUCUUCACCAACAUACACAAACAGUGGUACUAUGAGGUCGUCAUUGUGGAUGUACAGGUCAAUGGAGAGAGCAUCAACCUGGACUGUAAAGAGUAUAAUUUCCCAAAGACCAUUGUUGACAGUGGAACAACAGACCUGAGAUUACCAAACAAGGUGUACACAUCUGUCAUUGACCACAUCAAAAACUAUGUACAGAAUUCCCCCAAGGCUCCUGCCUUGACUCAUGGAUUCUGGACUGGAGACAUUGAUCUUUGCUAUAAAGACGGGGCAAUUCCCUACGACAUUUUCCCAUUUGUUGCCUUAGGGUUUGCAGAGAAUGACCAACAGUCCUUCAAGAUCAUUGUUGCUCCACAGCAAUACAUUAAAUCUGUAGGGAAAGAUGAUGAAAAUCCAGAUGAAAUAUGCUUCAAGCUUGGUAUUGCAAGUUCUUCUUCUGGUACAGUCAUUGGAGCAGUUGUGAUGGAGGGUUUCUAUGUGGUCUUUGAUAGACAGAGCAAUAGAAUAGGGUUCGCUGACACAACCUGCCCAGCGGUGGCCCAGCAGUUCAACCGGUCGCACAUGUCUGGUCCUUACCAGUUUUCAGGUUCCAUAGGGAACUGUGCCUAUGCUAAACCAGAGAAAUCCAAUAAGACCCUGACGAUAGUAGCGUACGUUUUGGCGGGAAUCUGCGGAGCCUGCAUUCUGCCCUUGCUUUUCCUCUUCGUUCAGUACCAGUGGCGGACAUCGAAGUGUUAUGAAAAAUUCAAACGACAAAAUUCGGAUGGAGACUCAAACGAUCUGAUCGAUGAACCAUCAUUUAUGCAUGAAUCGUAAUUACGCAGAGCAGAUUAAUUUUUUUCUAUUUUUAGGCUUGUGAAACUGACAAGGUACUUUGAUUAAUAAUACAUAUAAUUAUGUUUAACUAAGAAAACUUUAGGAAUGGUGUUUUUAGAGGUGUUUUCUGUUGAGGUGUUAGAAUUUUCAUCCGGUAGUGAAUUUUGUAAUAUGCUAUACAUCAUGUUGUGGGCCUCAAUCAUAGAUAGUAUUAUUUUCCAUAUAAACAUGUAUUUUACAUAUUUUUGAGUAAAAGUAGAUGUACAUGUAUACAAUGCCUAUCACACAGGAUCUAAUGUAUACAGUAUACAUGUUUAUUUUUUAUAUUGCCUUAGCUAAUGAUAAUUUGGCAUUACCGCUAUAUAACACAAAUUCAUAUGAUAUUGUGCUCUUCCACUGGUGCAUCUCUUGUAUUCCAAGACAAACAUGCUAUGGUAGUUAGGUGGUUGUUGGUUGAAUUUGAACAACAAUCUCAAAAUAUUUAUGAAAGUAAAUAGUGCAUAACUUUAAUGGGCAUUUUAUAGCUUAAAAUUAGCACUGUAAUCUUUGAUUUUGGCAUUGUUUGAUCUUGUAUAAAUCAGCCAUAAACUGGCUAUUUUAAGCCUGGUUUGUAAAUUACCUGCAAGAUUGAAAUAUACCAGAAAAUAAAUUCUAUGUAUUUCUCAAACUUUUCACAAACAACUAUACUUUAAGUUCUUUUAGUACUUUGAUUUAUUCCUGCACAUGUAGUACUGUAGAACCGGUACUUUAACACUCGGAUCUUCUUAGUAUAAGGAAGUAAAAUAUAUACCCUAUACAAUGUACAUUUUGUAUAUUUAAAGAGCAAAAUUUCCCUCAAUUCUUUAACCUUAACCUGUAAUCCUGAAAUCCCGGAAUAUGUGUAGCAUCUACCUUUUGUCUAGAAUAUACAUACAUUAGUAUAAAGGUAUAGUAUAUGUAUUUAAUGUUAUUAAGUCUGUAUGGGUUCUUGUACAGUUUAAUUUUUUACAACUGCAUGGGUAUACAUGUAUGUUAUUAAUAAUGUAUUAAAAAGUGCAUUUUAUAAAGUUGCAGUUGAAAAUAGGACAAGUUGUUAAUGUUUAAUGAUUUUGUGUUUAGUUGGUUAUUUUAUUAUUGAAAUCUGAACAUGUAAAACAUAAUUUUAAGAAUUACAUUACAUAAUAUUAAGAAGGAUAUAUAAUCAAAAUGAAAGUACCUUCAAAAUGUAAUAACUUUUCAUGAAAUUUACAUUAUUUGGCCAUAAAAUGAAGAUGUCUCAUUUUUGCUUAAAGAUCAUGGCUACAUAUUGUUAGAAUGUAUAGUGAAAUGUUUAUUCAUGUUCAAUUAAGGUUGUACAUGUUGUUGGCUAAAUACCGUCAUAUUAUAUAAUUAAUAAUAUGUCCUUUAUAUAUAUUUCAAAUUCAAUGCAUUUUUUGUGCUGUGUAGCACAGAUAGCAUUAGUGCUAGUUGUAGCUAUUAUGCUACAGUGAGGGAGAAAAUCAUGUUAUACUCAUUAAUUAGCUCCAUGCAAUUAAGAAUAAUUAUUGUAGUUUGAUUGGGUGCACAUCAGCAACUUA